CGAUGGGAGGGCGGACGAUUGAGGUCCUGAGAGGUGCGGAGACCGAAUUGGAGCGAGGGAAUUAAGCGCCGAGUCUCCGUUGAACGCGCGACAGCCGUUGGGCGCGCGUGCCGGUUGCCGAGGUCGAGUCUGACAGACGCUCAGUUGCUGUCUCGGGAUUAAAGCGCGGACAAGAUGAGCAGCAAAGAAGGUGGCGGUGGCUUCAGAAAAAGGAAACAUGACAGUUUCCCACAUGGUCAUAGGAGGGAAGAGAAAGAUAACAUCAAUUUUUCUUCAUCCAUAAUGACAUCCUUCAAGAUGUUUCAGCUGGAACUUGAUACAAGACAUGAUAAAUAUGAAAGGCUUGUGAAACUUAGUCGUGACAUAACUAUUGAAAGUAAGAGGACCAUAUUCCUACUUCACAGAAUUACCAGUGCUUCCAAUGUAGAAGAAAUACUAACAGAAUCUGAAGUCAAAUUAGAUCUUGUGAGACAGAAGAUAAAACAAGUGGCACAAGAAUUGAUGGGAGAGGAUAUGCAUCAGUACCAUAGAGCUAUUUCUCCAGGUCUUCAAGAGUAUGUGGAAGCUGUUUCAUUUCAGUAUUUUAUCAAAACCCGGUCAUUAAUUAGCUUAGAGGUCAUCAAUAAACAACUGAUAUUUACAGAAGAUAAUAAAGAAGCAGAAAAGAAGCCAUCUUUGGAUUCUCCUAAUAAGGAAAACAACACCUGGAACAUAAAAGUGACACCUGUGGAUUAUCUUCUGGGAGUGGCUGAUCUAACUGGAGAAUUGAUGCGGAUGUGUAUUAAUAGUGUUGGCAAUGGUGAUAUAGAUACUCCAUUUGAGCUGAGUCAGUUCCUGUGUCAGAUUUAUGAUGGCUUUUCUUACAUUGGUAACACUGGACCGUAUGAAGUUUCUAAAAAGCUCUAUACUUUGAAACAGAGCUUAGCUAAAGUGGAGAAUGCCUGUUAUACCCUGAAAGUCAGGGGUUCUGAGAUACCAAAGCAUAUGCUAGCUGAUGUAUUCUCCAGUAAAGCAGAAAUAAUUGACCAAGAGGAUGGGCUUUCUUAAGCAUGCUGGGAACCUCGCAACACACAAGAUCAAGAACUACAGGAUCAGAGCAAAGCUAAGCCCUGGAUUUGCUUAUCAGAAAUCUUAGCCAUAAUUCAU